ACGAGACAAACUAUGAGCCAACUCCGACCGCCUCGAGACUCCCUCGAACUCGCAUCCCUCGCCAGCAGCUCCCACGACGACAACGACCACACCGAACGCGCUUCGCUCGACUCCUCAUCCUCAGGGAUCCCCUCCAGCCGGAAGCUGUCAUUCAGUGAUCCUACGACGCCUCAAAAUGGCAGGCGACCGGGACAUGGAAGGUCAUACUCCGUCAGCAGCGCAUUCGAUUUCAGCAGCUCGCUGUUUCCCCUGAGUACCAGUGGGAAUGGCUAUACCAGCUUGGGAACGCCUAAUACGCCUCACUUUGAUCUCGGCGCUGCGCAACACGGGGCGGGAGGACAACAGAGUCUCGAACGACACAAGAGCUUGACAUAUCUGAAUGGGCUGUCGUUGGUCGUGGGCUUGAUCAUAGGGAGCGGCAUCUUCAGCAGUCCGGCGAGUGUGAACAGUAACGCUGGAUCGCCAGGUGCUGCAAUCAUUGUCUGGGUCGUGAGUGGGAUUCUGGCGUGGACUGGCGCGUGCAGUUAUGCCGAGUUGGGAGGCGCCAUCCCCUUGAAUGGAGGCGCGCAGAUUUAUCUCGGCAAGAUCUUUGGGGAAUGGGCUGGCUUCCUGUUCACAUGGUGUGCAGUUGUGGUGCUCCGGCCGGGUAGCUCGGCCAUUAUUGCCAUCAUCUUUGGCGAGUAUCUGGUGAGAGCGGUCAUUGGGCCUGAUGCGGCAGAGGUUAGUCCGUGGAUUAACAAAGGCGUUGCGUUACUGGGCUUAAUUUUCGUCACGCUGUUGAACUGCGCAUCCACCAAGCUAGGGACGAGGAGUGCAGACUUUUUCAUGUUUUUCAAAUUUGCGGCGCUUUUGGCUGUUACAGUAGCAGGGAUUGUCGUGGCGACAACGGGACUGGCAUACCACAAAGAAGAGUUGGGCACUGAUUGGAAGACGACGGGCUGGUUUGAAGGCACAAGCGCGUCUUCGUCAGAGUGGGCUGUUGCCCUCUACGCCGGCCUAUGGGCAUAUGAUGGAUGGGAUAACACCAACUACGUGGUGGGCGAGAUGAUACAUCCGAGUCGAGAUCUGCCCCGAGUGGUGCACACGUCCUUUCCCGUCGUGAUCAUUUGCUACAUUCUCGCGAACAUGGCAUACAUCUUCGUGCUUCCCACCGCGGUCAUCAACAAGUCCAACACGAUCGCCGUCGCGUUCGGCGGCACCGUCCUAGGACCUGUCGGCUCUCUUCUCCUCGCGCUCGCAGUCUCAGGAUCCUGUUUUGGCGCGCUGAAUGCCACCACCUUCACGGGAGGUCGCCUCGUCUACAGUGCAGGAAAGGAAGGAUACAUUCCUGCGAUAUUCGGCACCAUUGGCUUCCACGACUCCGCCCAAAGAGUACGGCUCCCGCGACGAAAUACGAGAACGAAAAAACUCACCAGCUUCGUGGCCGAUGAGCAAGGCUUCUUUUUCACGCCGAUAUAUGCCAUGAUCUUGAACGCUCUCGUUACAGUCGUCUACAUCAUCAUUGGCGACUUCACGACAUUGACGACCUUUUACGGUGUGGCGAGUUAUCUGUUCUACUUUGCGACAGUAGUUGGGCUCAUAGUGCUGCGAGUGAAGGAGCCAGAAUUGGAAAGACCGUAUAAGUGCUGGAUCACGACGCCAGUGAUAUUCUGCUGCGUCAGUUUAUUCCUCGUCAGUAGGGCCGUCUUUGCAAAGCCGCUGCAGGCGCUUGUCGUGGUAGCAUUCUUGCUCAUAGGCAUUCCUCUGUAUUGGUGGAGAGUAGGCAGCAAAAGACGGAGAAGUGGUAAACGACAUGGCGAUGAUAGAAAAGUUUGGCAAUUCUGGAAAUGGGGAAAAUGAGAUACAUGCAUGCCAAAGCCAAAUUGGUGCUCUUGUGUGCUAUAAUUCUCUGCCUCCUAUGCUUCUACGCUUUUCAGAUCGCAGCCAUCACAUCAUCGUCUUUGUGAAUGACUGAGGUACUAGUAGUACAUCCUACACAAAUGCGCGAGGCACCGUUCUUAUUGUCGAGGACAGGAGUAGAGGACGGGUCUUAUCCAGAGACAGCCAGUCGAGAUGCAUACAACUCCCUCGACCUUGCCACCAUGACGAGCUCACGUCUCCGCGUCUCCGCAUGCCUAGCCUCUGCCGCCGCCUUCGCCUCAGCGUUCAAUCUCUGAACGUCCUUGCGACAUCCCAGGAAGAACUGCUUCAACUGUUGCCUCUUCGAUCCCGCUUGCGCCGGAGUAGUAGUAGUAGAAGGGGCAGGAGUAAUAGGCACAUGCCUACCAAGCAACAACAACAUUGCCUCAUUGUGAUUCCCGUCUGCAGCCGCAGUCUCCCUACAAACUC